AUGGCACCUAAAUUUGACGUGGGUGCAGAGAUUGACCGAAUGACAGCGAAGAGCGAAAUGUAUUUUUCAAUAAUGCAAGAAACUUAUGACCUUUCUCAACAAAUUACCACCAAUACGGCAAACUUAUUUCUGGAACAAUUCGAUACAGCUGUACAAGCCCUUUCACAAUUAAACCUUCAAGAUGCAUUUGACUUUAUGAUAACGUCUAUGGCAUUCUCAAAACUCGAUCCCAUUUUGCAGGAGAAAUUUGAGCAUUCUUAUCAAGGAGAAUUUCCUAAAUACCAAGAUCUCCUCAAAUUUCUCCAUAAGUCGCAACAAGCGAAAAAUCAAGUUUAUGGUAUGACAACUAUAACUAACAAUCACACAUAUGGUGAGCAAAAGGAUAAAAAUUCCAAAAUUAGUCGAUCAUUUCUUUUAAAAAGUAAAUACGAAAAGAAGUGCUUUGUGUGCCGGGAACAACACGCCAUAUUUGCAUGUUCAAAAUUACUAGAAAUGAAUAUUCCUGAACGGCAAGAUUGUAUAAAAAACUUAAAUCUAUGUGUGAAUUGUUUAAGCCAUAAGACGACAGUUGCGUGUCGAUCGAAGAAAACUUGUAUUAUAUGUAAGGCACCGCAUCAUACAUUGUUGCAUACUGAUAAGAAUUUUGCAAAUACGAAUCAAGGUAAUCCGUCGAAUUCGAAAUCUAAUAAUACUGUUUUAUGCACUACCAGUAACAACAAACUCGCGCAUAAUACAACAAUAUUGCCGACAGCUGUAACAAAGGUUUUUACCAAAAAGAAAAAUACUCCACUACGUACUAUAAUUGAUUCAGCAAGUGAUAAAAAUUUCGUUACAUUAGCUUGGUGUAGAAAGGCCCAUUUGAAAGUUCAACCAGUUUCAGCCAAAGUAAUUGGAUUAGGAAAUUCGUCACAAAACGUAAUAGGAUUUGUUAACUUCACGUUAAAAUCCACAAUCAAUCCAUAUCAAUUGCCAGUAUGUGCAUACGUUGUGCAAGAAAUUGUGAGAAAACAACCACCAACCACGAUUCCAGUAUCAACAAUCCAAUCAUUCUUGAAGUACCCACUAGCGGAUCCAAAGUUUUAUGUGCCUCAAACGGUCGACGGCAUAUUAGGAUGUGAUGUUUUCAGCGAAGUUAUGGGUACUAAUAAGGUGAAAAAUGGUCAAGGUUCACCUAUAGCACUAGAAACCCGAUUGGGUUAUAUAAUAAUGGGUUCGAUAUCAGAUUCACUUCAACUUUCAAGUUUUUCCAUGCAAUAUGAUUGA